AUGCCUGCAGCCACGUCCCCGCCGUCACCGUCCGAGCUGCUCCACUAUCUCCCGGCUCAGAGGGUCUUGAUCUGUAAAGAGUGUCGAUACGCCAUACAACCAUCGGCGGUAUCCAGACAUCUCAAAGAUCUCCAUCACAUAUAUCGCUCCGACCGUCAAGAGCUGGUCGAGUAUGCAAAGGGGCUGCAGCUCGUCGACACUGCCCAUGUCGUUCUGCCUCCACCCCACGAGGCUCCCGUGCCCUUCCUACCCACCGAAAAUGGCCUUGCUUGUGCAAGAGAGGGAUGCACUCAUCUCUGUAUUACUACGAAGCGCAUGAAGAGCCACUGGGCUACUGCGCACAAAGAUGUCGUUGGAAGUGGGUUCUCGCAAUGGCGACCUGUGACCCUGCAGACAUUCUUUCGAGGCAACCAGUUGAGAUACUUCGUUGUAUCUGCACAGUCCACUCCAGAAUCCCCAUCACCACAGAAUUCAGACACGCAGAGCGAACCUGACAGCCGCAUGUCGGAAACGACGUCUCCCUCCGACUGCAGCGAACCUUGGAGCCUCGCCUCCGAAACGCCGUGCCCGUCCGACUGGAGUGCUGACGAUGUUGCCCUCUUCAGACACUUCACAAAAUUCACAUUCUACGACUUGGGCUGCGGCCCCAGGAGCAGAAAAACAUGGCAAGGCCCCAUCCCCGAGAUGGCAUUCCGUCACGACUUCCUCAAGCACGGCAUCCUCGCCUGUGCGGCGCUCCACCUCGCACAGCUGAACCCGCCCGAGCGAAGACGAUACGAAAUGAUAGCAGCCUGCCACCAAGCCCGCGGGCUCCCCCAGUUCCGCGCCCUGGUUGGUGCCCCAACGGACGAAACGUGCAAUGCGAUCCUGGCAUUCUCCCAUCUGCUCAUCGUGCACUGCUUCGCAGCCGAAGAACAGGACGAAACUCUCCUACUCGUGAGAGAAGGCGAAGAAUCUGGACUCCCAGACUGGCUCAAGGUCAUCCGUAGCAGCUGCACAAUGUUUAGCCACCUUUGGCAUGUUAUGAAGAACGGACUCAUGAAACCGUUCAUCGAAGAGACUAUGCAAGACGAGCCGCUCCCCAUCAUCCCUGAGAACCCAGAACAUGCAGCUCGGUUGAAGCAACUUCUCACUCUCCCUAUCUACGGGAAGAAUCCACCCUUACUUGAGAUCCUGGAACAUCAAAUGACAGCCUACACCAGCUCGUUGAUCAUUCUUGCGCGGGGGUUUGGAGCGGCGCAGGCGGCGACAGAUAAAGGCGCGUUUACGAUGUGGACUGCGGUGCAGAUAUGGCCGGCGCGGAUCCCGCUAGAGUUUUUGGAUUUGUUGAGAGCGAGGGAACCGGCGGCGUUGGUGCUGUUGGCGCAUUAUUGCAUCUUGCUGGGACCGCUGGAGGAGUCGUGGUAUAUGGGUGGUUUUCGGAAGAGGUUGUUGGAGAGGAUUUAUUGGCAGUUGGAUGAGGAGUGGAGGAGGUGGCUCGAUUGGCCGUUUGCGGAGUGUGGGUUGACACCUCCGGGAAGGAUGGAGGAUGUUCAAUGCGAUCCGAUGACCGCGUCGGGGUGA